ACAGUGUUUCUAAGUAGUUACGUGCAAUCGUUUAUUUUAUUUCGUAAUGUCAUACACACCGAACACUGUUCUUGGCGCACCUAUGACUCAGGGAAAAUGCAUAGCGCAAUCAGCAAGGUUAUUUGCAUUACCCGACCAAUGUCUCUGCCAACAAUACAUACAUGUAUAUAUUAGUCCAUUAUUUGCUUAAAUUCAGAUUCUUAAUAUCUUUCUAGCAUUACGAGAGACAUCUUCUUAGUAAUUCAACUACUUAAUACCACAAAUCUCUUUAUCCAUUUCUCGUACUUUCAUUUCGUCUAUGUGUUUCAACGGAUAUCUUCAAAAUUUGUAACUAUAUCUAAUGAUGUCAAAAUGGGAAGGAGACUAUAUUUGUUAUCCUUCGCUAAGACCUGCCAGCCUCGCCUUAUCAAGAAAUCCACCACCUCUGUACAAGAACCGAAUAACAUUUAAUCAACACACAACUAAGACUAAAAGGAACGUUCUUAUUAAUUGCGAAGAAGAAACUUGUAACUGAAUUCUUGAAAUUAAGAGCAAGAAGAGACAAAAAAACAAAUAUAUGGUAAACGUGAUAGUCACAAGGUGGUGGAUUAAAUAGAAUUAAAAUAUUAAAGGACAAUAAUAUUAAAUUGUAAUAUUGCACUGUAAAUAAGGAAAAAGAUGAUUACCCUGGUGGCAGUGGAGUUUGUGAGAGUUCCUGAGACUAGGUGGAAAUUUAUUAAAAGGGAAUGAGGAAUCCGGCAUUGCAUUUGGUCGGGAUAGCGGCGUCCCCUGGAGGUGACAAGAUCUUUGGUACAAGGGCCGAGGAGGAGUUGCGCCAGUGGCUUGAGACACGCUUGGACGCAUUGGGGAUUGACCCGGUUGCGUACUCGCGUUUUGUGCUCAGCCUAUUGCGCCGCCCCGACUCGGCCCUAAGUCCUCCAGAAGAGGCAGUAAGCGUUUAUAAGAAUAUAGGACGUCGCGUUCAAACCCGGCCUAAAGCAAAAUUGCCAUCGCAAGGAGAGAGGGAGCAAAGACAAGCUGUUGUGCAAUGUCUUAAAAGUGCUGCCGAGAACAAAUGCGGUGUAGAAACUUUAGUUGAUGAAUUGUGCACGAAAUUAAGAGAUUUGGAAGGAGGAGGUUCACACGAUGAAAAAGAAGAAUCCACAAAAUUAGAUAGGGAAUCUAAAACAAAUUUGGAAUUUCUUACUUCACGCGACAGGACUCUCAGAUACUACGCAGAAUUUCCUGCCUUACAAUCUACAAGCCUCAAAACAUCUUCUCAAAAAAAGGAUAAGACCUUUAGGAACAAUAAUAACAAUAACAAUACAGAUAAUAGUAUCAAUUAUAACAAUAAUAAGAACAACAAUAAGGCUUGGAAUAAGAAUACAAAAAUGCCAAUUACCAUUGAGACUCAAAGAAGAGAAGAUAAAGAGAGCUUUGGAUUCGCUAAAUCUAUGGAAAGAGAGAGAGAAAAAGAGCGUGAAUUAGAAUUAGAUCAAUUGAGAUUAGCACAGUUGCAAGCAAAAUUUGAUGAAAGUUUAGAAGCACUUUGGAAUUCAGGACCUGGCAAUGCACAAGAUACAGCUUCUAUCUGGGCAGCACCUACUCUUUCUAUUCCUUCUGGACCCCUUUGGCCGACAGAUACUACCGAUACAACUUUUACUUUAUCCACUGCAGAUAAUGGUCAUGUUGCUGAUACACCACAUCAGAAACGUGUUAUUGACUCACCGCUUAUUCCAUGGGAUCUCGAUUUAAUCAGCAUCGAAGAUUAUGCAGAGGAGUGUAGUAAUAAGAAUAAAUCAGAAGGCAAUGUAAACUGGUCAGAUACGGUUAUGGAUGGACCUUGGUGUUGGAAAGGACUUGGCAGCAAUUUGACUACCUUGAGUCAUAGUCCUCAGACAGGUAGUUGUUUCUUUCCAGUUGCACCACGUAAAACUCCCAUUGGAACACGCAAAGAAACACGUUCAAAUCUGAAGGUACAUAGCCUUCCUGAACCAGACGAAGAUUUACUCACUUCAGCUAGAACACAUUUUCGUCCUAUAAAGGACGAUGGUAAUUGGGCUGAUGGAACUACUUUUCCAGUAAAUAAUGCAUUAGAAAGAGUUGCAUAUAGAAGGUCUGAGUCAGGAAAUUUGUUAUAUCUACCUGGUGGAGAGAGUCCUUACAUGGAAUAUCGGGAAAGUAACUCGCCAAUUCCUUCUACAUCUUCGAAUUUAACGUUGAAAUUCCGGGUGCGUCAAAGCGACAAAUGCGUUCAAACCGAGCCUAUUCGGUCUCCGAUAAAACGCAAAAUUAUCUCCGAACAGGAUCAUUUUCACUUUUCUCCGGUCGAAAGUGAAGAAGAGACCAUUGCUCAUGAACAAGAAAAGACGGAAAAAGAUUACUUUUCUUUGAGUCAGCUGGGCUGGGUACAAAAUAAUGUACCUUUGCAUAACGAUCGUAAAAGAAGACACAGUAGCAGCAUAGGAUGCCAGCCACUGACGGUUUUACGUCCUUUUACCUUGUGAACUGGAUAAUACAAGCUGCUUAUAUGUUACACGACUGGAGACUUCAAAUUUAGAUAUACUUUUUUCAAGAUAAAGACAAAAAUAGAAGUGUGAGACAAUGGAACCUCUUGGCAUGUGGAAUUUGUUAUGCAUGUAUCCAAGAAGGCACGAUUAUUCCAUUGUCAAUUAAUUGAAAGAAGUGUUAAA